AUCAUCAUUAGCACGUCAGUUUUCAAAAUGGCGGGCAAAGCUGUCUGCUAACUCUGCUUCUGCUGGUUCCUCGAACUGCGUGGACAGUUUCCAUGGCUGUUGUCGCAGUAAUGUGUCAAAUAUACGCUAUACAAGACAGCAUGAACACGUCACAGCAAUACUAAUCAAGUUGUAUAAUUUUAUAUACCCUCGAGCAGAUCAUUCUGCUGAUCCAAUCCAAUCGAACACCGUGUAAUCGCAUUCAGUAGGGUGCUACAACUACUGCAGAAGGUAGGCGCGUUUGGGGGAUAUCAGAUUUAAGCUUGGUCCUUCGUCCGUGAGGGGCCAAUAAAAUUUAAAAGGUAUGGAAGACGAAGCUGCUGUCAUCUAUGGAUUGGAGCUUCAGUCCCGGUCCUUGGCAGCGCUGACUGCUGAAACCGACAUCGUCUGCUUUCUGGUUGGCACACAGUCGCUCAAAUCUGAGAAUCAGAUCCAUGUUUUAGUGUACAACGAAGAGACCAACUCGUUGAAUAAGGCAGUCUACCUCCAUGGAGCCGGCGAGGUUUGGCAUCUGGGCUGUUCGCCAACAGACAAGACACUGUUUUCGUCGUGCUACAAUGAAAUCUCGAAAACCGGAAAAUGCGAGAUGCAGGCAGCCAUUUGGAAGUUGCCAGACGUCCCGUCGGCGGGGAAUCUGUCUCCUCCGGAUGACACCUCUGCGUCGCUGCCGUACCUCGAGAAACUGACGAAACUGGAGUGCCGUAAAUAUGGCACCGAAGUUCCGCGCGUCAUUUGGGAGCCGAUGGAAGGCAACCGGCUAGUGUCGCUCGCAGACAACAACCUGCUCAUUUGGGAUCUCGCCACGGCUGGAGAGUCGGCCACGCUCACGGGGUGCAUCACGGUGGAGCUGAAGGGGAACCCCAAGCUGACCUGUGCUGCCUGGAACCCCCACCACAGCUGCAACCUGGUCGCAGCGGCCGUGGACACAGGCGUCAAGGCCUUUGACCUCCGCUCCAUGCAGCAGGCAUGGCAAUUGGAGGGGGCCCAUGGCCAGCUGGUGCGAGAGCUGGACUUCAACCCCAACCGGCAGUACUUCCUGGCGACGUGUGGGGACGACUGCCAGGCCAAGUUCUGGGACGUGCGCAGCCCCGGGGCUCCCGCCCUCACCCUCGACAACCACUCGCACUGGGUGUGGAGCGUGCGCUUCAACCACUUCCACGACCAGCUGGUGCUGACGUCGAGCAGCGACUCCAGAGUGACCCUGUCCAGGGUGGCCUCAGUGUCCUCAGAGCCAUUCGGGCACCUUGUUGACGAGGAGGAGGAAGGCGGUGACGAAAAUAGAGAGAGGAAAUGCGAGAAGGACGGCGUGAUUGCGACUUACGAGGAGCAUGAAGACAGCGUCUAUGCAGUGCAGUGGUCCACAGCAGACCCUUGGCUCUUUGCAUCGCUCAGCUAUGACGGACGGCUUGUCCUGAACCGCGUUCCACGUACCGAGAAGUACCGCAUCCUCCUGUGAUUCAAUGGCGCCUGCAUCCGUUUCAAGCGUUUUGUCCGUCUCCAAUAAAAUGGCGCACGUCCUCGACUGAA